AACAUCGAGCAAAUGUGUUCAGAGCGAUUCCCUGGAAUGCUGCUGAUGUGCCAGCAUGAGUCUUCCAAAGAGUGACAGUGACACCCCAAAGGAAUCCAGCCCUCGAGGAUUUGGGGUCAGACACUGUCAAUGCAUCCUGCUAUUCCUGAGCUAUGGAAUUGCCUACACGACCAGAACCUGUCUGUCUCUGGUGAUUGUUGGGAUCAAGGAAGAGCAGGAGAGUUUCCAGCAAGAUGUCUUGACUCAAGGUCAAGUCGGUGUAAUCCUGAGUUCAUUCCUGUGGGGCUAUGCAAUCGCCCAAAUCCCGAUAGGUCAUAUGACCAGGAUCUGGAGUGCAAAAAUGAUUUUGGUAAUUGGCCUCCUGAUAAGCGGUGUCUUCAGCAUUUUAUCUCCAGUUAUAUUUGAGAGAGGUGGUUGGGUGUAUCUGUGUGUGAGCAGAAUUAUCAUGGGUCUGUGCCAGGCUUGCUUGCCACCCUGCUGUCACACAUUAUUGUCCAAAUGGGCACCUCCCAGGGAACGCGGACGAAUCUGUUCUGUGGUCUUCUCUGGAGCAACCUUUGGCACAUUAAUCGCACCACCGAUAAGUGGUGUUCUGAUUGCUGCUGACGGGUGGCGAAGUCCAUUUUACGUGUUUGGAGUUGGUGCUGUUGUUUCGGCUGUUAUUUUGCUAAUCGCUGGAUCAGAUUCGCCAGCCACAGCUGUUGGAAAGUUUUGUUGUGGUAUCAGUGAGGCUGAGAGGAAAUAUAUCGAGAGCAGUCUUGGAUUAUGUGAGGAGAAAACGACUGGUGAGAGACAGACCUCGAAGACACCUUGGAGAGCCAUAUUAACCAAUGCACCAUUCUGGGCCCUUCUUACUGUCCAUUGUGGAUACAAAUGGGGGCAUUACAUGCUCCUCACUGAAAUGCCGAUCUACAUGGAUGGAGUUCUUGGAUUCAACAUCAAAGAAAAUGGAGUGAAAUCAGCGCUUCCCUAUAUUGCACUGUUGCUCCUCACGAUUCCAGUGAGUUGUUUUUCUGAUUGGAGUGAGAAAAAGGGAGUGUCGAGGGGAUUUUCACGAAAAUUAUGCAAUACUAUUGGCCAGUGGGGACAAGGACUCGCACUCAUUGGUAUCGUUUUUGUAACACCUGGGGAUACGACAGUUCCUGUUCUUCUGUUAAUUGUAGCUGUUGGAUUGGCAGCCCCAACCAUGUGUGGAUAUCAAAUUAAUCAUAUGGAUCUCAGUCUCGAUUAUGCUGGAUUGCUUGUCUCCAUUACAAAUGCUGUGUCAUCAAUUGCUGGACUACUAGCUCCUCUGGUGGUUGGAAUAAUUGUCACAGAUUCGCAUGAUAUAGAGCAGUGGAAAAUCAUUUUUUUGAUCAGUGGAGGAAUUUAUUUUGUGGGAAAUUUCAUAUUCAUUUUAUUCGGAAGUGGUGAGACCCAGCAGUGGAACAACAGUGAAGAUCGGGGAGAGUUUAAUAAUGAAAAGUUUCGAUCUCGGAUAUCAUCCAUUGAUUCCAGCUGAAUCUGAGGAUUUUUUUGUGUGUUGUAUUGAAUUUUGUGAUGAAUCUUGAAAAUUUAUAUCAUCUUCUCUUAGAAUAAA